UCAGACAAAACCAAAAAUUUGCAUUACGAAUUUGGAUGCAGAAAUGAAAGCAUCGUGGCUGUCGUAAUUGUUGACGCACUUGUCCCCACCCACAAAACAACCUAUCGAUCUUGACUUCAGGCGGCUCUCUCAGCCAAUUGGCUUCUGCUGCCUCCUCUCCUCACAACAUAAUAACCCUUUAAUUUUUUGACACCAGGAAGAGAGAGAAACAAAGAAUCCAAACACUCUUUUUUGAAGGGAAUUUAUCAAAAUCAGACAUGCAUAUUGCCAAGAGAGAAGAGUAAGAGCCAUCUCACACCCACAGUUUUUUUGGACCAAUUUACACACACACACACCUCUGCCUAACUGCCUCAAAAUUUCAAUGUCUCCUCUGUUUCCACUCAUCCUCCUUCACAUAACUGUGGCCGCCGCGCAACUCCGGCCAGGCCAUUACUCGAAAACGUGCCCAGGAGCCGAAUUCGUGGUCCGGGAUGUCAUGGAGAAGGCUCUGAUUAGAGAGCCCCGGAGCCUUGCCUCUGUCAUGCGCUUCCAAUUCCAUGACUGCUUUGUUAAUGGUUGUGAUGCUUCUAUGUUACUUGAUGACACAACCACCAUGCUUGGAGAAAAACUUUCCCUUUCAAAUAUAAAUUCACUGAGAUCUUAUGAAGUUGUUGAUGAAGCCAAGGAAGCCUUGGAGAAGGUCUGCCCUGGAGUUGUUUCAUGCGCAGAUAUCAUAAUCAUGGCCUCUAGAGAUGCUGUUGCCCUGACUGGAGGACCCAAUUGGGAAGUGAAGCUAGGAAGAUUGGAUAGCUUAACAGCUAGCCAAGAAGCCUCAGACAACAUUAUGCCAAGUCCAAGAGCCAAUGCAAGCCUCCUCAUUGAUCUGUUUGGAAAAUUUAAUCUCUCUGUCAAGGACCUCGUUGCCCUUUCUGGGUCACACUCCAUUGGCCAAGGUCGGUGCUUUUCCAUCAUGUUUCGGCUGUACAACCAAUCCGGCACAGGUAGGCCAGACCCGGUCCUUGAACCAAAGUUUAGAGAAAAGCUAAACAAGCUUUGCCCGCUGAACGUGGACCAGAAUGUGACCGGAGACCUUGAUGCUACACCUUUUGUGUUCGAUAACCAGUACUUCAAGGACUUGGUUGCAGGGAGAGGGUUUCUGAAUUCAGAUCAAACACUUUUCACAUUUCCACAAACAAGGAAAUUUGUGAAGCAGUUUAGCAUUAACCAAAGCGAAUUUUUCGAGGCCUUUGUUGAAGGGAUGAUAAAAAUGGGUGACUUGCAGUUGGAGCAGCCUGGGGAGAUAAGAAGAAAUUGUAGGGUGG